AGGGGAGGAGGAGGAGGAGACGAUGAGAUGUUGCAUCAGAGCGGAGGAGUUCAGAGGCCGAUCUCUUCUGUCUUCUCUCUCUUUCUCUUUUGGACAGGGGGGGAGAGGGUCACGGGAAGGAGCAAGGCGCCACCAGCCGACCAGCGUUGGACUGCUCUUGGUGCAAGGCACCGUCGGUUCGGUUUGACCACCCGCCGCCAGGGCUGGCUGGCUCACUCAACCCGAGCCGCGUUGCGUCUGCUCCACAGAAAGGUGCAACUGUUUGCCCCUCUUUGCAGUGUCAAAGAAUCGGACAUGUUCACCCAGAUCUUUAAGCAACCAAAAACCCUUUUUGUGUGUUUUGGCCUGGUUCCAGUUCCACGAACAAGAGAACCAACGUACACAGAGCGUACUGGUAAAUGGCAGAGCCUAAUGCUGUGUAGGUGAAUCGGUGAUUGACCAAGAAUGGUGAUCUUCUUGGUCAUGAACCCUGGCAACGCUACUUCCCCCAAAGCAGCAACAUGAGAAGCCAGUAACCAAAUCCCACCUGCCCUCCCUGCUCCCCCACCUAACAAUACUCCAUGAUCCAUCCAUCCAUCCUCACAUAUCCUUUGCCACAAAUACAAAACAAGAUUUGGUGCCUGCCUGCCUGCCUGCUUGUGACGCUGCUACUGAUCCGGCCAGAUUAUCUGCUGCUACUGAUACAUACAGCCAGACUAUCCGCUGUUAUCAUUACCACUACCAGUGGUGAUUAGAUUGCAGUGGUUGAUUUGGGGGGAGAUGGAGUAGGCCGCUAGCCUUUCCCUGUUCCUCCGGUUAAAGAAUUAACAGCGGUGGGACAACGAGGAUUGAUGCCCACUGUCCGAUUAAUUGAUUCCUCUUUCUUCCUCCUCCCUCCCUUUUAAUACCCGCCCUUGCUUUCCCUGCCCGUCUUUUCCAUUCCCAUUUGUUUUGGCGGCGGCGGCGGCUGCCGCGCCACCAGCUUUCCUGUGCCUCUUUCGCCUCGCGGGCUAUUUCUCCUCCUCCUACCUCUCGGCCUCGUCCUUAUACGAGCGCCAUUGUGAAUUUUCGAGCAGCAGCUAGCUAGCCUGUCGUCUCCUCCCUCUUGUUCUUGGCUACUGAUCCUGUUCUGUCGGCGAUAUCCAAGAAAACAAAGACUUGGUCUUUUUCCUCUGCGUGAGCGAGCUGAGUGAGGGAGCUCACUUCUUCGAACAGCCGGAGCCUGGAGCAGCAGUUGAGCUCCCCCGGAGAAAGCUGAGCCACGGCGCCUUUGUUGCUCUCCGCCGCACAUGGACAGACAGCUCGCUCUUCCCGGCAGUAACAGCUCAAGGUUCUAGGUCUCGGUCGGCGAUGGAGAGGGAGUCGAGGUCAAGGGUGCUCUCGGAGACGGCGUCCUGCGCCGGCACGCCGAGGUCGGUUCAGUCGACUUGCAGUCUCCAGCGCCGGUACUCUUCACGGAGCAUUCUGAAGCCACAUGAUGGCGCACUGGACAUGUCGCCACGGUUCUCCUACUGCAAGCCUGCCGCCGACAGAGAGAAGAUGUUCAACAGAAGACACUCCCUGAAUUUACCAGAGCAAUUGCCAGGUCAUUACUCCAGAAAAGCAACAGAACGGACCCAAAAGGCUAGCUCAAAGUCUGUUGCAGAUUUGGUUGGGGAGAUCGCAGCGCUCGAGCAGGAAGUCAUACGCAAGGAACUGCACCUGCUCGCUCUCUACAGAAGAGCGUUUGAUCAAUACGUAUCUGAAUCCUGCAGCUUCACAAGCGAGCAGCAGGUGGACCAAGAAUUUCUGAAAAGCAUCGACGAGGGCGCGCUACGUCUGAGGGACAUAAAGCGCUCCGCGGCGUUCGACCUGCCGACGACGACCAUCUCAGGCUCUGAGGAGCAGGAGGAGGCACCACCAGAGGCAAAGGCAGGCGCGAGGCAUUCCAGCCUCGUCAACUUCCUGAGCGCCUCCAUCUCGGAGUACGUGCCCAAGAUCUCGUGCAAGCUGUCGGAGGACAUCCUGGGCUGCAUCGCCGCCGUCUACUGCAAGCUCUCGGGCGCGGAGGGGGAGUGCUGCGUGGCUUCGCCGAGCCCUUCGGUCUCGUCUUGGAGCACCUUCUCUCCGAGGCGCCGGAACGAUAGCUGGAGCCCUCGGUCUCGGUGCAACAACUUCGAUAGCUGGAGCCCGCGGCCGUGUGGAGUCGAGAAGGAGAGCGGUGAGCAGAGCCCAGGCGUGAUGAUGGUCGUCGUUCCGAGGAUACGCGUCGACGCUGACACGUUUGAGUACGCGUCGAAGAUGCUCGAGACUACCAGGUCUCUGAUACAGCGCCUGGAGAAAGUCGACCCGGUGAAGAUGACGCACGAGGAGCAGCUCUGCUUUUGGAUCAAUAUCCACAAUGCUCUGGUCAUGCAUGCUUUUCUGGCCUAUGGUCUGCACGACAAGCGCAUGAAGAGCACGGACAUGAUUCUGAAGGCUGCGUAUAAUGUUGGCGGCCAAUCAGUAAAUGCGCAGACUAUUCAGAACUCGAUUCUUGGAUGCCGCCAGUCCCACCGUCCAUCAUUGUGGGUCCGCGCGCUGUUCACGCCGGCGAAAAGAUCCGCGGCGAGGCACCCGUAUGCGCUCCAGCACCCAGAACCCGUUGCGCAUUUCGCGCUGUCGACCGGAGCGUUUUCGGACCCACCUGUGCGGCUGUACACGGCGAAGAAGAUACAGCAGCAGCUGGAGGCGGCGCGGACGGAGUUCAUCCGGGGCAGCGUGGCGGUGCGGAAGCAGGCGCUGCUGCUGCCCAAGGUGCUGCACUGCUACGCCCGGGACGCCGCGCUGGAGCUGCGGCACCUGGUGGAGCUGGUGUGCGAGACCUUGUCGGACGCGCAGCAGAAGCAGCUGCAGCUCGGCCUCCGGCGGAGGGCCGUCGACAAGUGCGUCGAGUGGAUGCCGUACAAGUCGUCCUUCAGAUACGUUGUACAUAGGGAUCUGGCUGACGACUAGGCGGGAGCCAGCCACGUACGGUUUGCUCUGUGUGAUUGCUUGCUUGGUUGGUUGGUUUACAAAGUGUACAAGUAGUGGGGGUGGGGGUGUACAUGCAUGCAUGUAAAUACAGGUGUGCAUGCUCACUACUUUUGAGCUAGUGAGCUGUGGCUUUGAAACACUGUACAUUCUCUCUUUGUGGGCUUUGCGUUGAGGAAUUUGGGAUUUGAGACUGAA